AUGGCCUUGUACUUGAUGACCACUGAAGCUACCAACGCUAUCACUGCCUUGGAUAAGAAGCAACUCAACAUGGUGAUCAUGUCUGUGAACGAGAAGAGCGCUGGAAUUGAGUUGCUCAAGACAGAGAAGAAGGCAUCACUUGAUGAGCUGCUCGCCGAGCUGCCAGAGAACGAGUGCAGAUUCAUCAUUUACAGCUGGGAGCACAUGAGAAAGGAUGUCAAGACCGUCAAGGACUUCUUCUUCAGAUGGACUCCAAAUGGAGCACCAGAGCAACAGAAGCUUAGAUAUAAGGAGGCCGAGAGCUCCCUGCAGUACAAGCUCAGCAGCAAGUUCAACCGUGUUGCCAGAAGCAAGGCUGACUUCUCCGACGAGGAGUUGAGAAAGAUCGGUGCCUGGUAA